CUGAGCAAAGGGCAGAAUGCCCAUCAGGGAAAAAAGGAAGAAAGCAGAAUAAAUAAGGUCCAAACCUGGAAACCUUAAAGAUCUGUCUUGGCACAGUUUCCGAGAGGAAAAUGACUGCAGGUUACGUAUUGUCAGUGUUUGUGAGGGAGCUACCUGCUUCUGUUCUCUUUGCUGGGAUCUUUAUGCCCGUGACAUUACUCCUGCUGCUGCUAAUUGUCUACUUCAGGAUCAAACUAAGAGAAGUUGAGGAGGAAAUAGCCAUGGCACAAGAUUCUAGGAACACCGUCAUGAAUCACCGUGGCCAGUGGAAGAAACCCAGGAGAUCUGGACAAAAAGAGAACAGAUACAGGAACUCGAGGACAUUUAAGGGAGCUUCACGUCUCAGGAAGCAAGCUUAAACCCAGUACUCAGGCCUGCAGGUUUAACAAGAACCAGCUGUAAAUAAAUACCACACAUGAAAACAAACUGGAGAGCGGAAGCCAGUGCUGAGCUGUCCUAAUGAAACAGCUGCUGCCAUCCAGAGCUCUUGCAAGUGGCCUCCUACGUUGGUUCCCUUGUGUGACCCGGGAUUUGGGGGGAGGGUCCUGCUCACCAGCCCCUCCCUGGCCUACCAAGGAGAAAGGACAUAAUGAGCUCCUGAGAGAGCUGGCACAGCCAAGGCAGGCAGCCUUAUGAAAUCCACAUGCAUAAGUAACAAGUUGAUAUCAAGCACUGACAUCUGGGAAAAUUGAAAAGGGUUUUGAAGGGGAACUGACAUUUAUUAGCUUGUACACUUCGGGAAAGAUUGUGGGCUUUGUAAAGUAUCCUUUCCACAGAAUUUGGAAGCAAAAUGUAACAGUAGCAGGAAACAAAAGGAUUUCUCUCUGUUGACCAAAAUUUUGAAACCAUGGAAAGAUUUACUCAGUAUUCUGUAAAACAGCUCUUACGCUACUUUAAGGAGAAAUUGAUGACUUUUGCAAAUAAAAAACUGCAGAAGCACGGAGUUAUCUUUUAUCUUUUUUGUGUGUCACUUGACAUACAUUUUUUUAAAAAAUCUUCCUCCCUGCUCCCCUGCAGCUGUAGCUGUACAGUUUUUAGUGCAUCUCAGAUUGCCUGUGGCAGAUGGCCCACAACAACGCAACUCAAAUUGUUUGCAAGUACUACUGGCUGUUAGCUUCUCUGAUUUUGACUCUCAAGUUUAAACCCAAACUGGCAAGGAAUGAGAAGUGACUGUCAUUACUGUCCUCAGUGUUUACUGUCUCUGUCUGCUAAUGAUUGCUGUCUGCAUUUACCUUUCAUUAAAGCUGUUUGUCAUUACUCA